CUUUUGAAUCUUUUUAGAAGUUAUAAAGAAUCGUCAACAACGUAUGUUAUAAGAUAGUCGACAAGUACAUAAACAGUGUUAAUAUUGUCAGAAUGGUAUCCAGCCAGUAGAGUGUGGGCAGUAAGUGGGCAGUUUGGUGGGAGUGAAAAAUUCAUCAGGAGUCAAGAAUGACUUGGAAAGUGGAUGAAUAGAUAUACUAGGGAUAUUGAUCGAUAACCUGAUGCACAGAUUGGGGGUGGUGAAAAGAUUAAUCAAUAGAAUAAUAAUCGAUUAAUGCAUCAGGGAAUUCACUGACUAUACAAUGACUUGAACGGAAGAUUCACCUACUAGAUUAGGUUCUAAAGAAGAGCUGGAGAUAUCCUAUUCUGCAAGUUGACUCGUUAUGUACAUAUAUUUGAAGAUUGAAAUACUAACAUUUUUUUUAGAAUGGCUCCAAAGAUUCAACAAACUAAAGCUGCUAAAGCUGCCGCAGCUAUGGCUGGUGGUAAGAAAGGUAAGAAGAAGUGGAACAAAGGUAAAGUUAAGGAUAAGGCUCAACACGUUGUUAUCUUAGAUCAAGAAAAAUACGACAGAAUCUUAAAAGAUGUUCCAACUUACAAAUUUGUUUCUGUUUCCGUCUUGGUUGAUAGAUUGAAGAUUGGUGGUUCUUUAGCUAGAGUUGCUUUAAGACAAUUAGAAAAAGAUGGUAUCAUUGUUCCAGUCUUAAAACACUCUAAACAAGCUGUCUACACCCGUGCCAACUAAAUUGGUUAACUUGUUAGCUAAUUUCCUUUCUAUAUAUAAAAUUAUAA